AUGGAGCAAAUUGUACAAGUUGAUGUCUUGAGUGAACAUAACUAUAUAUAUUUGGAAGGUCAAAUCGCAAUAGAGAAACAUUUAAUUGAACAUAAUUAUAAUGCUCCAAUAAGUUUUAAGUCUUAUUAUGUCAUCUUUAAUAUUUCUUUAGUUGAGGAUAAUUCUGAUAUAGAAAGUGACGCCGAUGUUAUAAUUGAAGAUGGUGAUGACGAAGAUGAAAAUAUAGAGCCAAAUAGUAACUAUGAUGCUGAAAAUAUGCAACUUAAUCGGACCUAUACAUGUAUACCAGGUGUACAUGACAAAUCCAAUAUUUAUAUUGACAAUUUUCAAUAUAAAUAUUACAAAAAAAGUGCUGUACGAAAUAAAAUGUACUUAAUUUGUGAAAAACAAAGAAAUAAAAAAGUAAAUGAAUACUGUUCAGCUACAGCCAUCAUUGAAAAUAUUCAUGAUCCAGAAAAUCGUAUGCGGCUUCAUUCAGGAGGACACAACCAUGGUGGUGUUGAAAGAGACCUUGAUAUGCCAUACUUGAGAAGAGCUAUAGGGAGGAGGGCUACCACAUUAGGUGCUAUGUCUAUGCCUAUCAGGCACAUAUACAAUGAAGAAAUUGUUAGUCAUCCUGCUGGAAGUCUUGGCUAUACAUUUCAACAGGCUCAACAUAGAUGCAAGAGAAUGAAAAACUGUAGACGACCAAAAAUACCAGAGACAAUUCCAGAAUUAAUAUACCUCUUAAACAUGCCAGAACAUAUUACCUAUAGAACAACACUACGUGAACCAUCAUCCGAGUUUUUUCAGCAGGCAUUAACUGUUGACGGUAUUACAAUAGGUGUAAUAUUUGCAAAUUUGGAUGUGAUAGCUAUGUUUCGCGAAGAGUUACGCGCUGUAACGUAUGCAGGUUGUGACGGAACCUUUAAGACCACUCCGAGUUCACCAAAACCGUUCCGUAGAGGUUCUCUAAUGACCUUUCCAAUUGUAUACAAAAAUGUUUCAUUUCCAGUUGUAUACGCACUCCUGUCAAUGGCUACAGAACAAACAUAUACCAGUUUCUUUCGAGUAGUUAGAAAUAUGUUACCAUUGGAUUAUGAUGGUCUUACAAUAAUCACCGAUUAUGAGCGUGGGCUGAUGAAUGCUGUACAAGAGGUGUUUCCAGAGAGUCGACUACAAUGUUGUUGGUUCCAUUUCUGCCAGUCAAUUGUGAGAUAUUGUCGACGCAAGUAUAAUCUGGUAUUAGACCUCAUUAAAACAAAUCCUGUAGCUGCCCGUGUAUUGCGAAUGGUUUUAGCAUUGCCUCAUUUACCAGCCAACAGAGGAAAUUAAAGUUGCCCAAAUUUUUGUAUAAAUGAUGGUUUUAGGGCAAUUUUAGAUUUUGCACAUCAAAAUAUUGAAGUCUACCAACGCAUGGAAACAUUUUUAAUCGGGUAUAUAAUAUAUAUAUAUUUAUUGAACACUUGGCAGCUUA